CGAUUCUGAUUCUGUUUCUGUUCUCGCGCAAUGGAAUAAACAAAUUGCGCGUGUACUUGCUAGCUUUGAUUGCUAAGCUAAUGAAGACAUCUGUGCCGAUUAAAACAUUUUAAAAUACAAUAAUUUGCCUGGACAGAUAACGGAAAGCCGACAAAAUGGGGGACGACACUCCCGAGAGGGAAAUGAAGGAUUUUCAGUUCCGUCAGAUGAAGAAAAUCCGUGUCUUUGACUCCCCUGAUGAUUUGCCCAGGGAACGCUCGAGUCUUCUCGCUGUCUCCAACAAAUACGGUCUGACGUUUGUCGGCCAAGGCAGAGCGCUGAAGGUGUUUGUAACCGAUGACAUCAUCGCUGCGGGGAAGGUCAGCGGAAACCCCAACGAGAUAGUGGAGGGCGUGACGUGCCAGACGCUGACCCUUGACCUCCCGAUGCACCACCUCGCCCUCAGCAGCGACGAGCUCACCCUGUCGGUGUGUGGCGCUGGCCAGGAAACCGUUCUCACGCUGGACUUCUACGACGUCCGCACCUUCUUCAACAAGGCCAGACAGGGCAAGUGUCCCUUCGCGUCCUUUAAAGCGGGCUCCGAGCCGGACACGUUGGUCCAGGAUCUGAAAUGGAGUCCGGUGGAGGCGUUUAGAGUCGCAGCCUGUCUCUCGGACGGCAGUAUGAUGGUGCUGGACGUGACGGAGAAAGUCGUAGUGGUCGCGCAACUUCCUGCCUCCGUCGGCAUCACCUGCGUUUGCUGGAGUCCUAAAGGAAAGCAGAUUGCUGCAGGGAAGCAGGACGCGACGGUGGUCCAGUACACGCCCGUUCUGCAGGAGAAGAAGGUGAUCCCUUGUCCGAGUUUCUACACCGCCGACAAUCCUGUCAAAGUCCUGGACGUGUUAUGGUUAAGCACCUACAACUUCGCCGUGGUGUACGCGGCGGCCGACGGCUCUCCCGAGACUCCGCCCGAGCUCGUAAUGGUGUCGCUUCCCAAGAAAGACGAGAAGAAAGAGGACAAGUUCCUGAACUUCGGCGACAUCGUGUUUGGGUCGUGCACCGAGAGACAGCACCACUACUUCCUGAACCACGUAGAGGACUGGGAUCUGAUCCUCGCCGCUUCGGCCGCCUCCAUCGAAGUCAGCAUUAUCGCCAAACAAGAGGACAAGACAAACUGGGAGCUGUGGCUGCUGGAGGACGCGAGCCGAGCCGAACUUCCCGUCACUCUGAGCAACGAUGACACGCUUCCCGUGGGAGUGGCCAUCGAUUACACCAAUCAGGGCGAGAUACACAUAUCCGAUGAGAAGAAGCUCCCGCCGGCUCCCACGCUGCUGAUCCUGUCCACUGACGGAGUGCUGUGUCCUUUCUCCCUGAUCAACCUGAACCCGGGCGUUAAGCAGCUCGUCACGUCCGCCGACAGCCUGCCUCAGGACGGAGAGAGACCUCCAUUACAGAAGUCUCCGCCUCAAGCCCCUGCCAUGUCCAAACCGCCUCCUCCCGUCUUCCCGUCGUUCCAAAUGCCCUCCAUCACCCCUGCCUCUACUUCUGCCCCUCCUGCUUCUACAGCAGCUCCAACAAUUUCUUCCUCCUCAUCGGGUCUUGCCUUCAGUUUUCGCUCCACUGGUUCCUCUCUCUUCUCCUUCGGUGCCACUCCUUCCACCACUUCGAUGUUUCCCUCUGCUUCAAACUUCUCCUUCGCAGCUCCUAAACCUUCAGGUGAUACGUCCUCUCUCCCUGCGUUCUCCUUCGCCAGUGCGCUCAGUGUUAAACCGUCGACCGAGGGCGCAAACGCGUCAGGGCAGGUUGCCACGGCCACGGCUACGGCUACGGCUACGGCUUCUCCCAUGACGCUGCCGAAGGGUCCAACGGAGCCAGCCACACCUAACAUUCGAGUCAACCUCAACGACAGGUUUCUAGCAGCGGAGACUCCCGUUCCACUCGCUCCUGCAUCUACCCAGCCCUUCUCCUUCACCUCCACUCCCAAACCCGCAGCAGCUCCAGACUCGAGCGCUCAGCCCAAACCAGUGUUCACCAUCAGCAAACCCGCUGCGCCCCCUGCAGUGACCCGUCCUGCCCCUGCUCAGAACAGCACUCCGUCUGCUGCAGUGCAGAAAACUGCUCCAGCUCCAUCAGCGGCCCCUUCGACACAGCUCCCCUCUGUGAAGUCAGUGGAGAAACAGCUGCAGCAGAUGAAAGACUCCGAUCCUGUAAUGGUUGGAAUACAGGAAGAAAUCGCUCAUUUCAAGAAGGAGAUGGACGAGCUGAAGGCGCGCGUUAAGGGGGCUGAUUUCCGUGUAGGGAGCUCGGACGAGAUGAGGGAGCUGCGCAAAGAGAGUGAAGAUCUGCACAAGUUCACGCUGGAGAUCAAGGAGACCACGGAGUCCGUGCACGGUGACAUCAGCACUCUGAAGACCACGCUGCUGGAGGGUUUCGCCGGAGCAGAAGAAGCCCGAGCUCAGAGAGAACUGAACCGAGACAAAGGGUACCUCCAGCUCCUCUACAAGAAACCUCUGGAUCCACGCAGCGAGAACCAGCUCAAGGAGAUCCGCAGGCUGUACCAGUACGUGAAGUUCGCCGUGGAGGACGUUAAUGACGUGUUAGACCUGGAGUGGGAGAAACAUCUGGAGAAGAAGAGAAAGCAGAAACACAUGAUAGUCCCUCAGCGAGAGGCUCUUUACACAGCUCUGGCCAACAACAUGGACAUCAUCAACCAGCAGAAACAGAAGCUGGAUCAUCUGGUGAGAGACCUGCAGAGCCUGAGACUCUACAACAAAACCUCCAGCCAGCUCGUGUCCACCUCCUCACCGUCACCUUCAUCAUCCUCACAGGGUCUGGAUAGCGAGCUGGAGAGUCUGAAAAACGCCUUAUUGAAGGCGAGUCUGGAUGCGGCACCCAGAGCCCCUUCCAAAUCUCCAUCUAAGAUGUCUCCGGUGAAGCAGUCUCAGCUGAGGAACUUCCUUUCCAAGCGUCAGACUCCACCUGUACGAUCCACCGCUCCAGCCAACCUGUCGAGAUCAGCGUUCCUCUCCCCCAAGUACUACGAGGAUCUGGACGACGUGAGCUCCGCCUCGUCUCUGUAUCAGCCUCAGGAGUUUGACGACCCGCUGCACGUGAACGAGGAAAAGGAAGCGGAGGAGGACGUGCCUCAGCUCGUCCUGGCCCCCCCACGUCACCCCACCGUAGUGCGCACGACAUCCGUCCAGCCUCACGGCAUCAUCGACUCCACGCCGUUGUUCAGCGGCAGAGUGCCGCAGUGGCCGGGGAUCGCCAUCGACACUCGCGUUUCCAAGAUAAACCUGGACAGCGCCGACAGCACAGCACUGGCCACCAAGACAGUGAUGCACGGACCGCCUCCCACAGAAAAGGCCACGCCUCUUGAGAACACCACGCCCACCGCUCUCCCCCCGGCCCAGGCUGCAGCAAGAGCCGCUUUAAACCGACACAUGAGCAGCCAGAAACCCAUGGCGAAUCUGACUGAACUGACGCUGAAGAACGUGCCUCAGGUUGUGAACGUACAGGAGCUGAAGGAUAACGGCGCCUCCAUGCCCGUUUCCACUGACGCCGGCGCCUCCGCGUCUUCAUCCGCGGAACAAACCUUCCAGCAGGUUCUGGCGACCGUCGAGGCCAAAAAAAAUGCCACGCAGACCGCAGUAAAGGUUCAGCCCUCGGCCACAGAGAGUGCUCCGGCCCAACCCGGCUUUGUGUUCAGUCAGCUACCCAGACCUGACCCCGCGGCGCCGUUCAGCUUGAAUUUGUCUCUGGAACAGCAGAGCAGCAAAGCAGUAUCACCUGGAGGGUUCCCCUUCAACCUGAGCACCCCGUCGCCUCAAUCUCAAGGAGCGAGUGCUUCUCAAAGUGUGAUCCAGGUGGGUGAACCGGGCAAAAACUCCAUCCCGGUUCCCAAAGCUCAAGAAGACGCACUCGGCCACUUCUUAGAUCUCCGGGUUGGCGCAGGAGACGAGGUUAAAGAAUCCCCCAAGCCCAGUACGGGCUUCACCUUCAAGCCGCCCGGAAGCACAGGUCCUGGCAAGACGUUCACGUUCAGAAACGCUACGGAAUCCGCCGCCACUGGAAAUGGCUCGGAUUCCGGCAGCACUACAGCGGAGGCGUCUAAAAAUCCCGGGAUUUUUAAGCCUUUUGAGUGUGCGGCGGCGGCGCUGACCAGCAAAACGUUCUCCUUUGCGUCUGCGCCUUCGGCAUCCGUGCCCUCCUUCAGCUCCCUGCUCGCGGUUCCUCUUCCUCAAGAAACGUCCUCCGUACCCGAGAAACAUCCCGAACCCGAGCCUUCUCUUCCACCCGAGUCGGUUUCUGAAACGACGCCCGAAGAACCUCCUUCGGAACCGAGUCCUGAACCUUCCGCUGUGUCAACGUCCACUCCGUCUCCGGCAUCCGUCACAGAGGAGCCUCCACCUUCCCAACCCAAGCAGGAAGAGGCCGAAAAUCCAUUGAGCCAACCCAGCAGUGUUCCCGAGGCCACGCCCGCGUCUACGGCCACAUCUACGCCUCCUCCUGCUGAGACGGUGCCUGUAACGGCGUCGAAACCCGUCCAGGAAACGACGCCUUCUUCUUCUACAGCAAUUUUUGUUCCUGUUGAACAGCAGCAACAACCGGCUCCAGCAGCAGAUCCAGCAGCUCCAGCUCCACCCUCCACCACUCCAGGCUCCAUCUUCACCCAGCCAGCUGUGAGCACCAACAGUACAACGCUGUCAGUCACCAGCUUCACCCAGGUCAUCAGUACAGCAGCAGCCAGCACGUCCACUCCGGCUCUGCCGCCGGUGUUUGCUCAGACGGUCAGCACCUCCUCCACCCCAGCGUUCGGAUCUUCGGGAUUCGGCGCUCCUUCCACCACUUCCAGUUUUGGAAAACCGGUUUUCGGACAGCCGGCGUCCGUCGGAUUCGGCUCGGCCGCCGGCUUCACUUUUGGCCAGUCGGCGUUCGGAGGCGGCUCCGGUUUCGGACAGGCGGCUGCGGUGAGUUCGGCUCCCGCUCCGGUGUCCAGCAGCAGCGGAGGAGGAGGGCUGUUCGGUUCGGUUAGUUCCACCAGCGCCAGCUCCUUCUCGUUCGGAUCGAGCAGUACCAGCUCCGGAGCGAACACCGGGACGGGCAUCUUCGGGCAGAGCAGCGCUCCUGCGUUCGGGCAGAGCGGCAGCACCUCGGGGUUCGGACAGGGAUCGUUAUUCGGAACCAACACGGCCACCACGACGGGGUCUUCUGGGUUUAGCUUCGGACAGCCUACGGCGGCGUUUGGCAGCACUUCGUCUUCGUCUGUGUUUGGUCAGCAGCCGAGCACCAACAGCAUCUUUGGCCAGCCGGCGUCCAGCGGAGGUUUGUUCGGCUCCGGGGCCUCCAACUCCUCCGGCUCCUCUGGCGGAGGAUUUUUCAGCGGUUUAGGAGGCAAGCCGAGCGAAGACGCCGCCAACAAAAACCCGUUCGCCAACGCCGGCGCCUUCGGUCAAACCAAUCAAACAGGUGGGAACCUGUUUGGGAACACCGGAGCGAAGACGUUCGGGUUUGGAGCGUCGACGUUCGGCGAGCAGAAGCCCAGCGGGACGUUCAGCGCCGGAGGAGGUUCUGUAGCUGCGCAGGGGUUCGGAUCGUUCUCCACUCCCGCUAAAACAGGUGGGUUCGGAAGCGCCCCGGCGUUCGGAAGCCCUCCUUCGUUUGGAGGAUCUCCGGCGUUCGGAGGUCAGGCCACGUUCGGCUCGGCUCCGGCCUUCACCAGUCCUCUGGGCUCCGGGACGGCCAAAGUUUUCGGAGAGGGAACGUCAGCGGCCAGCGUCGGGGGAUUCGGCUUUGCGUCCCCCCCCAGUGGCCCCACCUUCGGCAGUCUGGCGACUCAGAACAGCACGCCGACUUUCGGUAAUCUGGCUCAGCAGGGCCCGGGAUUCGGAGGUCAGACCGGCGGGUUCUCAGGCUUCGGUUCUUCCGGAGGUUUCGGGGGCUUCGGGAAUACGAAUACCAAUCAGUCGUCUUCUCAGACGUUUGCCGGUUGGAGAAGCUAGUUGCCGGAAACUCUGCUGUUCUCACACUCUCCAAUCAGAUUAGCGUUUUUGGAAACUGGGAUCUCUGCGCACGUUAAAGCUAAAUAAAAAUACUCUGAGGUCAAACUGACUUCCGUAGUUUCACGGCCUGAAAUCUCGGUCGCGUUUUAAAACCCGGCGCUGACCAAUCCUUUAACAAAGCCCAGCUACGUUUUUUUUCAUCUACACACCUUCAAACACCAACAGUCUCCAGUAAAACUAUAUCAAACGCCAACGUUUACAGUUAAAAUGGCCGACAGACACCUGCGUCGUCCUUCAAAAUACCACCACAAACCAUAAUUCUUUCUGAAAGCUACAACAUUCUUCGUUAAAAUCGCUUCAAGCCCCAACGUUCUCCACUGAAGGCCAUCGAUACACCAACGAUGCCAAUGAAAAUACAAUACAGUUUACGAAAAAGACCUACUCGCACUGACGUUUUUCAUUAAAGCACCUUCAAAUACCGACAUUCUCCAUUAAAACAUAACGACACGCCAACGUUCUCCCUGAAGAUGUCACCAGAGAUCAACAUUCUUUAUAGAAAGACUCAGUAACACCAGCGCUUUCAUUAAAACACCAACAAUCGCCAUGGAAAUACCACCAAAAACCAACAUUCUUAUAAAAGGCAUAUUAACACCGACUUUCUCCAUUAAACCAACAUCAGACACCAACAACGGCCGUGAAAAUACUACGAAACGGCAACAUUCGGUGUGAAAGUUCAGGAAACACCAACGCCCCCAAUGAAAAUAUCACCAAAAUCAUUACAAACGGCGUACUAGCAGCAGCGUUUUCAUUUAAAAAGCCUUUAAGCACCAGCAUUCUCCAGGAAAAUGACACGAUAAAACUAAGAUUCUUUAAAAAACGGCCAACACCGACAUUUUCCUCUAAAACACCCACUAAAACACCCUCGAUCACCAAAAACAAGCAUGAAAACCUCAUGAGAAACCAAUGUUCUUCAUUAGAACACUAUAAUACCCCGACAUGUACCGUCAAGCAGCAACAUUCUCCAUCAAAACACCUUCUACAUGGUCUACACCUUCUCCACCUCUAUACACCUCCUCCUCUAUACACCUUCUCCAUCUUUAUACACCUUCUCCACCUCUAUACACCUCCACCUCUAUACACCUCCUCCUCUAUACACCUUCUCCACCUCUGUACCCCUUCUAUACCUUCUCCACCUCUGUAUACCUUCUCCACCUCUAUACACCUUCUACACCUCUAUACACCUUCUCCAUCUUUAUACACCUUCUACACCUCUGUACCCCUUCUACACCUCUGUACCCCUUCUCCACCUCUGUACCCCUUCUACACCUCUGUACACCUUCUCCUCUAUACACCUUCUACACCUCUGUACCCCUUCUACACCUCUGUACCCCUUCUCCUCUAUACACCUUCUCCAUCUUUAUACACCUUCUACACCUCUAUAUACCUUCUACAGUUUUCUAUGAAAAUGCCACCAAUAAAAAAAAAACCCUUCUUUAUAAAAAGCCAGCUAUCACCACCGUUUUCCCUUCAAACACCACCGCUGUCCAGCAGAACGCCGUCAUUCACACGCCUGUGCUUUAUGGUCAGAUGUUCACUUCUGUACUGUAAGUCAGUGUGUGGAUUAUACAGGGUUUCCAGAGAAUUAGGCUUAAAGGGUAAACACACUGAUUCUGACUGAGGCGUCAGACGUUUCUCGCUUCCUCACGGGGGUUUUUUUUUUUUUUUUUUUCCCAUGAAGCUUUGUGAGAAUGUGUAGGAUAUUAUUUUUUUUAAUACCUUGCAUGAGUUCUGAAUAAAUUGUGAAUUUAAUUUAAAGGGGAAAGUCCGUCCUGCGACACGUUGAUAUGACCAGCUUCAAAUAAAAUAUAAUGAAAGAGA